AACGUUUUUAAGUGGGACGGGAAAGCAUGAAGUGGUCUCUGUGGCAACAUGACCGUCUAUAAAACGAGUGGGCGCUCCGAACAGUGUGAGCCUGCUGCUUUUCAGCUCUUAUUUAUGGUCAGACUCACGUCGUCUGCUCCGUUUUUCAAGCUGCUGACGUCUGCGGGGUUUGUCGGAGGCUGGACGGAGCCAGCACUGAGCCGGGAGCUUUGCAUUGGAGCGGUGCUCGCACCGGAAGUCGCAGUUGUUUAGCGCAGCAGGAGCGAACCGGCAAGCCGACCGGCGAGAGAGGGGAAGCUGGUGAUCCAACGGCCAGAGACACGAACUGCCUCGGAAUGAAACGUUGAUGCCUGCCUCAGCCUUCUCCUGACACAUUCCUUAUUCUGUGACACCUUUACUGCAACAGCGGCCAUCCAGAGAGGCUGAGCCCCAUCUAAUCUCUGAGAGGAGCAGUGGUCCAUCGCUGGGGAGGAGACCCUUACCGUAGCCCGGUCCGGAGAGGAGAAGUGUGUGAAGAGAGCUUGGCCAGCCCUCUCUAUGUGUGUGACAAUGGGGGACAUCAGCGACCUGGACCGGCAGAUAGAGCAGCUCAGACGCUGUGAGCUCAUUAAGGAAAACGAAGUCAAAGCCCUGUGUGCCAAAGCCAGAGAGAUUCUGGUCGAAGAAAGCAACGUUCAGAGAGUGGACUCUCCUGUCACAGUGUGUGGUGAUAUUCACGGUCAGUUUUAUGACUUGAAAGAGCUUUUUAGGGUGGGGGGAGACGUCCCAGAGACAAAUUACCUCUUCAUGGGUGACUUUGUGGACAGAGGCUUUUAUAGUGUGGAGACCUUCCUCCUGCUGCUAGCUCUAAAGGUCCGUUAUCCAGACAGGAUCACUCUGAUUCGGGGGAACCACGAGUCCCGGCAAAUCACCCAGGUCUAUGGUUUCUACGACGAGUGCCUCAGGAAGUAUGGCUCCGUCACAGUGUGGAGAUACUGCACAGAGAUAUUCGACUACCUGUCUCUGUCUGCUAUCAUCGAUGGCAAGAUCUUCUGCGUGCACGGCGGGUUGUCUCCUUCCAUCCAGACUCUGGACCAGAUCCGGACCAUUGACAGAAAACAGGAGGUGCCCCAUGAUGGGCCCAUGUGCGACCUCCUGUGGUCAGACCCUGAAGACACCACUGGCUGGGGGGUGAGCCCCAGAGGGGCUGGCUACCUGUUUGGAAGUGACGUGGUGGCUCAGUUCAACGCGGCCAACGACAUCCACAUGAUCUGCCGAGCGCACCAGCUGGUGAUGGAGGGCUACAAGUGGCACUUCAACGAGACCGUGCUGACCGUGUGGUCGGCGCCCAACUACUGCUACAGAUGUGGCAACGUGGCGGCCAUCUUGGAGCUGGAUGAGCAUCUACAGCGGGAGUUCAUCAUAUUUGAGGCAGCUCCACAAGAGACCAGAGGGAUCCCCUCCAAGAAGCCAGUGGCUGACUACUUCCUGUAAAAGUCUUUGUGCAGGCGGGCCGGCGGGCGGGCGGGGGGGCGCGACCUGUCAAAAACUGUGUACCAUUUGAUCCUGCAGCUGGACGGCUCUGCCAGGCUGGCUGUGAGCAGUAGGCAGAAAGCCUGCCCCCCCCCACCGGGCCCACAGCGUCAGCCUGGGGAGCCCAGCGCCUGAUGCUGACAGCAGUCAACAUGUGGGGGGGGCAGGCAGCAGCUGUGAUGGCUACCUUAUUUAGACCCUCACUCUGCCACCUUUUCUAUCCCUCCUCCUCCCCGUGCUCUGUAGAUACAACACUCUCCCUUCCAAUUUGAAUUUCACCACCUUUGUAGGAUUUUUAUAUUAAUAUAAUCAUUUAGUUAUACAGCUAUUUUGAAGGAUUAAGCUCUUCAGCUGUAAGAGGUUUUUCAAUUGGGCCAUUUUAAAGGAUUCCUUUGUGGCAGGUGUUGCCUCUGACUGUACUCUGGCUGUCAGGAUAAAAAGUGCAUAUGCUUUGGUUGGGCCGCCGGGGUCUGCUGCUCGCCCCCAUCCCAGUGGAAGCAGCCCGGGGCUCCACACUCAUCUUUUGCUUCUCUUAAUUCCUUUUAAUUCUAAUUCUCUGUAGACCUGUCCAUUUUGAUAUUGUGACAAUAAAGUUUUUUUAUCAAUGUCGACUUGUUGGUGUAGUGGUCAUUUUAAUGGCGUGACAUGGUUCAAAGGGCCAGACGUGAAUUGAGAAAACGGUGAUGAUGCGUUGUGAUGUCUUCCCUCCUCUCCCUGGCACGGGGCUCCCGUUAAAGCGGGCUGAAGCGG